GCCACUCCACUCGUUGGCUCAAGCUUUUGAGCGCCCCUCGGCCUGCUCUUCGCUAGCGCGACGCCCCGCCUGUCGCCUCUUUGCUCUCAAAUCUCAACCCGUCCUCGCUCUCCCUCCGCACCCCAGAGCCACCUCCCCCCCGCCCCUUCCCCCACCUACCCGCCGCCGCCGCCUCUGAUGGGCAGCAACGCGAGGGACCGAUCCGCCCGCAGCGGCCGUAAGGCCCGUCACGCCGUCAAGCACCAGCCCUCCUCCUCCAGCGGCCCCUCCGCCGGCCCCUCGCCGGCGUCCUCCUCUUUCUCCUACCCCUCCCCUUCCCCCGUCCUUGCCGACGGCGAUCCCGGGAUCGGGCAUCCGAUCUCUAACCCUAACGCUAACCCUAGCGGUGCGUACGACGACAACGGGUGGGGCUAUUGCACGGAGGAGCAGCUCGAGGAGCUUCUCCUCAAAAAUCUCGACCUGGUCUAUCGGGAGGCGCUCAACCGGCUGGUCACACUCGGGUACGACGAGGAGGUGGCGCUCCGGGCGGUGCUCUGCAGUGGGCACUGCUAUGGAUCCAUGGAUGUUCUCUCAAACAUCCUCCAGAACGCCAUGGAACACCUCAACUCGUCGCUGGCGGCGACCGGGCAUUGCGACGGCGCCGGCGGCCUCCCGGCGAAGGGGUUCACCGAUCUCCGCCACCUACAGGAGUACUCCCUCGCCGGGAUGGUGUGUCUUCUCCAACAAGUUCGCCCCCAUCUCACGCGGGGGGACGCCAUGUGGUGCCUUCUGAUGAGCGACCUCCACGUGGGUCGCGCGAGUACCAUCGAUAUCCCCGCUCCCCCCUACCCCGCCCCCACCCCCGUCACCGCCACCGGCUGCAGCGCUGCUUGCGGCGCCGACUAUGCGCCGCCAACGACCGGCCUCUGCGAAUUCCAUAUGGCGGAGCGAGGCGGCGGGAGCGCCGAUCUUCCACCCUCCGUGAGGUCUGCCAUGAGGCGGAAUGCCAAUGCAUCGGUGGCACGGCAGAGGGCCGAGGUCGCCUCGGGGUCGUCGUCCUCAGAGCAGCCGCAGGGGGAUGGAUCUGCCGCUGCUGUUGAGGCGGGGGAUGACGCCGGAGAGGAUCUUGUGGACUCCGUGCUGAAGGGAUUGGAGGCGAUGAGCCUUGAUGAGGAGGGGAAGUCACCGGAUGGGGCUGAGGACCAUAAAAAGGAGAUGAUUUUGGAUCUUGUUCGCCAGAUUAGGGAACUUGAGGGUCAGGUGAAGGAGCGGAAGGAGUGGGCUCAGAAGACUGGGCUGCAGGCCGCUCGGAAGCUGAGCAAUGACCUAAUUGAGCUGAGGACAUUGAGGAUGGAGCGCGAGGAGAACCAGCACCUAAAGAAGGGGAAGCAGGGGCUGGAGGAUGCGACGUUGAAACGGCUGACUGAGAUGGAGAAUGCGCUGAAGAAGGCGAGUGGGCAGGUGGAUCUUGCGAAUGCUGCUGUCCGUAGGCUCGAGACUGAGAAUGCGGAGAUACGGGCUGAGGUGGAGGCAUCAGAGCUGAGUGCAUCGGAGUCUGCAAGGAUGUGCCUGCAGGCGGCGAGGAAGGAGAAGAAAUUGCUGAAGAAGGUACAGGCAUGGGAGAAGCAGAGAGAAAAGAUUCAGCAGGAGAUUGCUGAGGAGAAGAGGAAGAUUGCUGAAACAGAGCGGAAAUUGGCUGAAGUCAGGGUGGCAACAAAAGAAACUGAGGCAAAAUGGAAACGUGAAAUAAAGCUUAGAGAACAAGCCACCGCACAAGCUGAGGAGGCACGUAGAGCCAGAGAAGCUGCUGAGAUUAACACCAAGAGAAGACAAGAGGCAUUGCAGCGGAAAAUUGAAUUAGAUUUUCAGCGCCACAAGGAUGACAUUCAAAGGCUCGAAGAAGAACUUUCCCGUCUCCAAGCAACUGCAGCUUCAACCCAGGUGAAUAAUCUAGCCUUCAAUUCUCCGAACUCAGGAGAUGCUGAUGCAAUGAAGGCAUUGAAAGAAGGCAAUGGAAAGAUGCAUACUGGAUUCAAUAAACCACAGGAGUCAUCUCAAAAGCUGAACCGUGACAGGGUUUGCGUGAUCUGUUUGAAGGAUGAUGUGUCUGUUCUUUUCCUACCAUGUGCUCAUCUGGUUGUAUGUGUCAAUUGCAACGAGGACCAUGAGAAGGGUAAAAGGAGCUGCCCAUGCUGCAACACCAAGAUUGAUGAAAGGAUACGUGUUUAUGGUGUAAGCUCUUAGAUCAAGCCGAAGCAUUGGUUGCUCAGGUGCCAUAUGAUCCAGCACGGUGCAAAUUGAGCUUUUUGUUUCAGAAAUAUUUCAUCUGAACUUUGAUGUAAGUUCUUAUAUUGGCCAUAAACUUCUGGUUGCCCUCUUAUCAGCAUAUGAAAAGUCCUUAUUGACUUUUGCUUUGUGAUAGUUUUCAUGUCCUUACAUUUUGAAUAAACAUGUGCUUUUGUAAAUGAAACUGGAGCAAAGGAUAAUGUAGCAUUUUAGGCGGUAUUUUGCAUUUACAGUAUAGAAAAUUGGC